GAUUUUGCAUUUCCAGGAGGGAAACUGUUAGUAAACAAAACAGUUCUCCUACCUGUCAGCUCCUAUGCAGAGCACAGCCAUGCAAAGCAAUGUGCUUGCAGUGAAGCACAAACACAACAUCAUGUAAAACAGCACACAGAUAACUCUUUGAUAGCAACUCAUGUUAACCCCCUCCUGCCCAGUGCCAUUAGUACAGUGUCAGUGCUUUUUAUUAGCACUGAUCACUGUACUGGUGUCACUGAGGAUGUCAGUGACACCACAUCAGUUCCCCCCAGUGUCACAAUGCCCGCCGCAGUCCCG